CAACCUUUCAGCUACAGAUAAGAAGAGAAGCUCUCUGACCAGCUGCUGCCUCAUUCUCCAGCCUCUUCCACAGCAAGGUUUGUUAUGCAGAGGGCGUGCCUCGGUCAGAGUGAAGGGCUGACAUUGUGGCUGGCACAGCCUGAUGACUAUGAGGAUGUCAUAUCCAUGUCUGCAGGCAUGCAUGAUGGCAGUGAUUAUCUGCCUCACCGCUACCAUUCAUGGAUGACAGAACCAGAUAGGGUGGUUGUACUGGCUCGAAGAGAAUGUAGACUGGUGGCGCUAGUGUCAUACCUGUUGGUUGAUGAGGGGGCCACAGUGGUAGUGCAGGGUCUGAGGGUGUGUCCUACUGACAGGGGCCAUGGUGUAGCAGGGGUCAUACAGAGGUUUACUGACCGCUACAUCCAGCAGCUCCAUCCAGGUGUCAAAAUGAAGAGACUGGUCAGAGGACAAGAUCCUGGGCCUGAGAAACUGGUUAAGUUCAAGAUCCUGGGACGUCGGGGUGUUCUGUCUUUAGCUCUUGAAGCAGAGAGCAUUGGCAGCUUCAUCUCUCACCUGAGGAACAAACUACAAUCCCCAGUUAUCCCUGGCCUGAUUCCUUUGAAUGAAGCCCAGGUGAAGAGAGUUUUCCUUGACCCCAAACUGCCCUGCAGGGUCCAACUUCCUGGCAUCAGUUUUAUCCAGGACUGGGUACCACUACAGCGGAUGGAAGGAAACCUGGAGAUCCUGAAGAGACAGAAAAUCACCUGGUUGGUCGACAGUCUGGCAGCGCCUUCCUUUCUUAGUUUGUACACGCCUCCUUAUCCAAUCCCAUACAACGGAGGAUCGCUGUGUUUAAACAUCGACAUGCUCGGUGCAGACCAUGUGUUGGCUCAGUGUGCACUGGUCAACCUGCUUGAGGCGGCCUGGGCAAAGGGGGAACUGAGGGGAACUGUAAGGAUCUAUGUGUACAUGUCCAAGGCGCUGAGGGAGACACUACUUUCUUUCUGUGAGGGUCACCAAGGAGUGAGAACAUGUAGAGACCUCGUGCAGCAACUGUUUCUCGAGAGACAGUUGUAGAAAGCAUGUAGAAAUACCAUUUUGCAAACAAAUCAUAUAAGAAAUAAUCCUCUUGAUAUGUGUCAAUAGUAAAUUCAUGAUUUGGAAACAUAAACCAGGGUGCAUUUUGAAUUUUCUCUUAAUACCAUUUAGUUUCAGUAUCAGCUUACAAUUCUGGACAAUUCACAUGUCCAUUAAUAGAAGUUGCAAUGAUAUUUUGUAAACAGAUCAUAUGACUGAUCAAAACAUCCAGCCACAAAUAAUUUGAUAAAUUGACAAUGUGAAAUGUACAGGAUAGCUUGAUAAAUCUACAUCAAGCUGAAGACCAGUGAUUUGUGUUCUCUGAAGAUGGAUAAUCCUAUGUGGAAUGGGUCAUUGACU